CUUACCUCUGAUAAGCUCCCACGCACCACUACUGCCUACUAACUAUCUCCGUCCAAUCCACAAUGUCUCUUUCCUAAUCCCAAUGGAGAGGUUAAGGUUAUAGGGUGUCUGCCAUCUUCCCGCUUCGACUGCCGACAUACUGACUGUGGUACCUUCCUGCCUGCCUUGUACUGCACGUUUAAAUCUUGAACGACCCAGCUAUCUACCCCCCAGCCCAAUUCCUUUCAAAACAAAGAAUCACAGGUCCACAGACAGCCUGUCAGACCGACUGGCGCGCGAAAUGGCCCCCGCAAUCAGACAACUCAAAAAAGCCGCCCGGAUCAUCCUCAUCGGUGCCCCGGGUGUAGGCAAGGGCACUCAAACAGAAAGGCUCCUCUCCAGAUUCCCAGAGCUAGCAUCCAUAAGCUCCGGCGACUUGCUCCGGGAGAAUGUCCGACGGAAAACCUCUCUAGGCCUCAAAGCAGAGGCCGCAAUGCAGUCCGGCAACCUUGUUCCCGAUUCGAUGAUUCUCGACCUUAUAUCCUCCGAGUUCAAGUCCAAGGGCUGGCUUUCACCAGCGUCAACAUCGUCGAUAUCCUCCUCUGCCUCAUUCAUCUUGGACGGCUUUCCGCGCACUGCCACCCAAGCCUCAAGCCUAGACACCAUUGUUCCUGUCAACUUUGUCGUCCACCUGGUUACACCCCCCUCAGUCAUUCUCUCUCGGAUAGCGUCGCGCUGGGUUCACGAGCCAUCGGGAAGAGUCUACAACACGGAUUUCCAUGUGCCUAAGGUCCCCGGAAAGGACGAUAUCACCGGAGAGCCUCUGGUCCAGAGGGAUGACGACUCGAUCGAGACGUGGAAGCAGCGGCUGCACAAGUUUGAGGAAACGAGCAAGGCAUUGAUCGAGCACUACCAGCGCAAGGGAUGCCUGUACCGUGUCGAGGGCGACUCGAGCGAUGAGAUCAGCCCGCAGCUUUUCGCACAGAUCGAGCGACAGUUCUGCUAGGACAUCUGCGACUGAUUUUUAUGCCGGCUUUGGAUACCUUCUUGUAUUAUAUAUCCAUUCUGUUCUCGCCUGUCUUGUUUGUUGGCGUCGCAUUAACCACAAUCCUAGAAGGGUUGUAGAUGGGAGCAGUGUUUUUAUAUCAUUUCUAAACCUGAGACAGCCGACAUCUUUCGUGGACGAGAUAUUUUAAUGUUAGGUCUAACGAUGUUAAUGAUGUGCCGCCGUGAAGGCAGAUAACUAGACAUUCCUCUAUAACAACCAAUCCAAGAAGC